AUGAUAUCAUCAAUGGAAUCAUUUUCAAAUGUUGUUGUACCAUUUGAAACUCUUAAACAAUGUGUUAUUAAUUUAUAUAAAUUAACACAUAUAACUAUUCAAGCAAGUGUCCCACCAAAUCAUCGUUUUACACAAGUUAUAUCAUUAAUACUUUCUGGUUCAAUACUUAUGUCAUUAGAUAUUCUUAAAACAAUAAUUGAUUUAAAUCAAAUUGAAACAUUAGAUGUUUAUUCAAUUGAAUCUUUAUCAAUAAAUGGAUUUUAUGAAUUAAUAAAACAUCUUCCUCGAUUAAAUGAACUUACAAUGGAAUUUAAUCCAUUAUUUGUUGUACCAUUACAAAUUCAUAUUCUUAGAUUAGAAGAUGAUAGUCGAAGAAUAACUAUUGAUACUCUUUAUCAUACAAUACACAAUGUUAAAACUCUUGAAAUUCCAAAAAAUUCAAGAAAUAUGAUGAUUGAUAUUAUAGAUCAACUUAAAAAUCUUGAUAAUAUUAUGUUUACACAUGAUGAAUUUUCUCAAGAUGCAGAUACGGAUUUCUUCCUUAAGAAAUUAUCUUUUCGUUGGUUCGAAAAUAAUUCCUAUCGUCUUGCAACCUAA